CCUCACCCCAGGGGUUCCUUGCUGGGUCUUUCUCUCUCCCCUUAUCUCCUGCUACCAGGACCUUGCUCCCCAACACUCAGUGUGUUCAGUUCUGUCAAACACACCCUUUAAGAAGCCCUUGGUUUAUUUAUUUUUUCUAUUGCACCUUCCAGAAAGGCACAGUUGGUCAUUUUUCCAGAAAGUCCUAGGAUUCUACAGAAGCUGGGGAGCUCAGCCACUGCUCUCUCCUAUCACAUCUGGAAGACUUGUUCUACACCUUCCUGGAACUUGUGGAGAAGUCAAGCGAUCCCCUCAAGGCCACAGAAUCUCCCUGGGAAGCCCUACAGCCCUACUACUUGGAAAGGCCUCUCUGUCUCCAGCAGCCAUGGCAAACACACAAGGUCGAGACAUCUUUCCACCCAGCUGCUCCAUCAUCUUCCUCCUCCUGAAGCUUCUGUCCUACAGCCUCUCUGCAAAGGGGAAAGCCGAUUUCUCUGUCUCUGGUCCCGGCCAACCGGUCCUGGCUAUGGUGGGGGAAAGUGUGAAGCUGCAAUGCCAUCUGUCCCUCAAUAUCAGUGCGGAGGACAUGGAGGUGAGGUGGUACAGGAAGGAGCCGUCCCCAGCUGUGCACCUGCGCAAGAAAGGCAGGGACAUGCCUGAAGAACAGAUGUGGCAGUAUAAGGGCAGGACGACCUUCUGGACGGCUGGCCUGGCCCAGGACCAAGCUGUGCUGACCAUACACAAUGUCACCGUGUUCGAUAAUGGGACCUUCCACUGCAACUUCAAAGAGAGCACAGGGUCUGCAGAGGCCACCCUGUGGCUGAGAGUGGCAGGGCUGGGCUCUGAGCCCAGAAUCCAAGUGCGAGCUGGCCGGGAUGAAGGUAUCAGGGCAGAGUGCACCUCGGAGGGCUGGUACCCAGAGCCCCAGGUGGAGUGGAGAGACUUCAGGGGACAGACCCUACCUUCCACGACCAACCUCACAGUGUCGCCAACAACGGGCCUCUUUGCGGUGGUGUCCAAUGUGACUGUCUGGGACAGGGACGUGGGGAACCUCUCUUGCUCUAUCUCCAACCCCCUCCUCCAGGAGAGGAUGGAGACCAAGAGCCACCUACCUGACUCUCUUUUAGGUCAGGUUCCCAAAAGUUUCCCAUCAAUGGCAUGGAGGGCAGUGGUGCCUGUGAUCCUCAUUGUGGUGGGGCUUGUAGCAUGUCUUGUGGCAGGAGCCACCUGUCUUUUCUGGAAACGUCAGAGGAACAGGAAUAGGGUGCAGCUGGAAGAAGAGAGACUGAACAGAGAAGAGGAACAGCUGUCCCAAGGCUGGCCAGAGGACAUCAUCUAUGUGAGCCCAUCCCUGGACCCUGACACUGCAAGCCCCAAGCUCACUCUCUCUGAGGACAGGAAGACUGUGAGGCGGCUGUUCUUUGAACAAGAGCUGCCCAACGCCCCCAGCAGAUUCGACCGGGACCCCUGUGUGCUGGGCCUGGAGCAGUUCUCAGCUGGGAGGUAUUACUGGGAGGUCCAGGUGGGGCACAGGAAGGCCUGGAACCUGGGCGUGUGUCUGGAGAGCUUGGAUCGGAAGGGAAGGAUCCCCAAGUCCCCUCAGCAUGGACUCUGGGCCCUGGAGCUGUACAAGAAGGGGUUCUGGGCACUUGCCUUCCCAAGAGUUCGCCUGCACCCUUCGGAGCCCCUGCAUCGUGUGGGCGUUUUCCUGGACUGUGAUGCAGGCAGAAUCUCCUUCUACAGCAUGGGCAAUGGAUCCUUCAUCUACGCGUUCUCUGGACUGUCCUUCUCGGCACCCCUGAGGCCAUUCUUCUGCCUCUGGACACACGACCCCAGCCCCCUAACCAUCUGUUCAGAAUGCCAGCCCCCAGAGGCCUUGGGGCCUCCUCAGGGUGAGGGACAGGACAGGUGGGAACCCUCCUCCAGCAAGACCCAUGAUCUCUCUGCUCCAGCCUGUCACCGAUUUGGGGGAGAUGUAUCCAUUCUAAGUCCCAGCUAGAUCACAUACAAGGGUGAACCUUUCUGAAUAAUCCCCUAUUACCUUCAUUUUCCUUCCCUGUAAAAUACUGGCAGUAUAUUAUGGGCUGAAUCAUGUCCCCUCCAGUUCACAUGUUGAAGCUCCAACCCCCAGGGCCUCAGAAUGGGGCUAUAUUUGGAGAUGGGGUCUUUACCGAGGUGGUUCAGGUAAAAGGAAGUCACUAGGGUAGGCCCUGAUCCCAUCUGAUCCCAUGUGACUGGGGUCCUUAAUAGAAGAGGGGAUCAGGGCAUAGACACACACAGGGGACAACCGUGUAAGGACAUGGGGAGGAGAUGGCAUGUGCACGCCAGGGAGAGAGGCCUCAGGAGGAACCAGCCCUGCCACACCUGGAUCUCAUGCUUCCAGUUCCCAGGACUGGGAAAAAAAUAAAUGCGUUGUUUAAACCUC